AUGGCAGUCGCUGCGCAAACCACCGUGGCAUCUUUGAUGCGUAAGACUCUAGAUCGUCAAGCGGCUGUUGCUCGUAUGAAAAUAAGUUUUAAGAAGAAUCAAAUAGAACAAGUACUACAUACCUAUGUGAGAGAUGGAAAUUCUGGACCUUAUAAUGAAUUAAUGAAGAUUUUGAAAGACAAUCAACUGAAUGACAGCAACUUUAGGGUUUUGUUUGAAGACUGUUUGAGUUGUGUGGUGUUGUUGGGUAGGGAAAUGAAGACAUUUGUGGAAGUCAUUUGUAGUAUAGACUGGGUGGACAGGGACGAGGAUUUGGUCGAACUUUAUAGCAGAUUCUUGCUAAGUCUGGCGACAGCGCAUACUUACCACUCUAUGAGAAUAAUAGGGGCUUUAGUCAAAUUGUUUAGAGCUGAUGGUGAAAACUGGGAGGAUACUCCAGCACCAGAGUUAGUUUCAAGAUGGUCAAACAUACAUACAAUAAUUGCACAAAUAGUGGCAGUUAUGCCUAUGACCAGUGAACUUCUAAUGCAAACAGUGACAGACCAGUUCCCAUACUACAAAGCUGGCUGCUUUCCUAACAGGGCAUACAUUCACAAUCUAAUAUGGAUGAGCAAAUACUUACCCUCUCUUUUAGAACAAAUUAUGGCAACCAUUGUUAGCAAAAUGGUAGACAUAGACACAAAUAUAGUAGACAGAGACAAACAGCAAUCCCAAGAGCUGAUGUUUGAUAUGGAAUUGGAUGAGAAGGAUGAAGUGACUGAGACCCUGGACUAUUGUAUGCUAGAGAUGCUGAAGUGGCUGGAAGACGAGCGGGACAAGGUUCUGACUAUCAUGUGCAAUGUGUUUGAGAGAGUUCUACUGCCCACACAUGGAAUUAGACACGUCCAAUUCCUACUUCUAUACACAAUAUCGAUAAACCAACAAUGCGCCGACCGUGUAUUCACCAACCUUUGGAUAGUAGCUGCUGGGCUACAUGGGCUUGGCCCAGGCGCUUUGGCAACUAGAAGAACCGCUGCCAGUCAUCUGGCAGGAUUACUGGCGCGAUGUGUCAGGGUGCCAAACUCGAGAUUAAUAUUCUACUUGAAAAAAAUGGCAGAAUGGUGCCAUUCGUAUAUUACUGCCACUCAGGAGUCAACUGUAUUUGAUAAUACAAAAGUUCAUGGAGCAUUUCAUGCCAUUUGUCAUGCCAUUUUCUAUUUGGUUGCAUUCAAGAAUCAUCAUCUGUUUAUGAAUAAAGAGAGUCUAAACUUCGUAGAAUCACUAAACCUACCUCGGCUAGUCACUUGCAACCUGAACCCUCUACGGACAUGUCCCCCUCAAGUCACGAGAGCUUUUUCCUCCGUAACAAGAUCACAUCAAGUGGCCUACUGCCAGGCAAUCAUAGAGAAGAAUACUAGACUGUCCCUGCACAGUGCAGUGCAGAAAUAUGAUGAGUGGUUCCCGUAUGACCCUUAUAUGUUACCUGUAUCGGGCAAAAUAAUAUGGCCGCUAUGUAUGGAGUACAAAAACAUGUUCAAAGAUGGAGAUGACGAGACCCAAUACAACUCCCUCAAAAGGAAACUAGAAGCUGAAGACGAUGACUACUUAAUGCCAAGUCCCUCGCAGAAACUAGCCAGCUCAUUAACUAGUUGUAUAUCACCAGGGUUCAAGACCAGUGAAUCUAUAUACAUGUAGUAUGUUAAGGUUAAGCUGUUCACUAUCAAUAAAACUUGCAGAAGUUCUUGCAAGUCAUUUGCACUUGGUAAAUACUCAUAGCAAGUUUUGAGCUAAGUUUUAGCUAUCCAGGCUCACUUGGUCACGUGAUCCGAGAAAAUAUACCUUUGACUGCUCCCACAUAUUGUCUUGUUUGAUAAGAGAGAGAGAGAGAUGUAAGAGAAAAUUUUACUCGAUGGAGCGGCGUUUUUUUUUAAGAUUUAUAUCGCAGCGCUGUGCAAGCUCAUUUGCACUUUAUUGCGUCACUAGCUGAUGCCCGCGACUUCGUCCGCGUGAAUUUAGGUUUUUCGAAAUCCUGUGAAAGCUCUUUGAUUUUCCGGGAUAGAAA